AUGCUCAAACAUUCAAGGAGUAGUUUAUCAAUUUUCCUCCGGCCAAAAAGUAUUGUGUAUAAACUCUUCUCUCACCGUUACCUCUUAGUUGUUGUGAUCGUUGCGACUUCGCAAAUGAUUUUACAACUUUGGUUAGAAGGUCGAUCAUUAGUCAUUCAUCGUCAAGGAGUGGACCUCUUGGUAGAAAUUCUGGAGACGAGGAAUCGGCCGUUGCCAAUGCCGGAGCCUUCCAGCAAUGAAAUCACCCCCGCAAGUCAACCAAACCGGAGAAGUUUGCAAUAUCAAAACACAGCGUUGGAUUCAGAUCAUGGGUUGUUACUCAUGGGUCGGACACUGACGAAGCGGGAUGGGGAGAAAGAAGGAAAACCUCCUGAAAUCCCACCACCAACACCUUUAGCACUUGUUCCACCUCCAGCCGCUCCAGCAACAUCAUCAAGACUUCCACCUCAGUCUCCACCGCCUGCUGCUGGUUCGGCUGCACCACCGCCAGUUCCAGCACCAGCACCAGCACCAGCACCAGCACCAGCACCAGCACCAGCACCAGCACCAGCACCAGCACCAGCACCAGCACCAGCACCAGCACCAGCACCAGCACCAGCACCAGCACCAGCACCAGCACCAGCACCAGCACCAGCACCAGCACCAGCACCAGCACCAGCACCAGCACCAGCACCAGCACCAGCACCAGCACCAGCACCAGCUUCUACUGCUGCACAACCGCCAGUUCCUGUACCAGCUGCCGUUGCCGCACAACCGCCGGUCCCUGCACCAGCGCCAGCUGCUGCCGUCCCACCAGCAAGGCUUUCUUCUGCACCACCAUCAAAGCCCCCAUCACAACCCCCACCAGCAGCAGGAGCUCCUUCCCCAUCAAAACCAAUUGUUCCUCCACCGAAAACGAAUUCUACGCCGCCGGUGACACAACCGACUGUUCCGCCGCCACAAACAAAUCCUCCUCCACAGACACAACCUAAUGUUCCCCCGCCACAACCGAAGCCUAGCGCACCACCAUCAAAGCCUCCAUCACCACCAGUUUCUUUCCCCGCACCGUCUAAUCCUCCGCCGCCUUCACCGGCUGAAGCAGGAGGUCGUGAUGAGAAAAAAGUGAAAGCAGAAGAGGAAGUUAACAAAAGACGCAAAGAGAAGAAACCUCCCAGUAAAUCGUCCCAGACACGACUUUCAGAUGUUGAACAAGACCCAAGCGCACUUAGCAUCCUUCAGGAAGUCAAUCAGGGUGGUGAUCCUAAAACAACGCAAACUACAGAUGUUGCUGCGCCUGGCGCUGCAAUAUUUGUACUUGAUGGAAACUUGAUCAAUUUAUCGGCAAAAUGUGUUACAGCGUUGAAGCAACCCAUGAAGUUCAUCUCUCGAAGUCAUCGGACUGAUAUUGCAAGGAUAGUCUUCCAUAUUUGGCUCUGGGGUCUCACUAUCUGGGGCUUGCUUUUGGAAUCAGUUCCUCAUCUUGCUGCGGUGGUAGUAUCUCAAUUUAUCAGCACGGCAUUCGUGGCCCUGGAUUUGCGAAAAACUGUUACUAUGAAGGAGGAGUUCACAAAUGUUGUCAAUAAUGAUUGUGAUGGAGUGGAUGUGCUUCCUGAUUUCUGGGGAGUUUUGUUAAAAUUGGACAUUGUAGCUGUGGUUUUUGCUUCUGCCACUGCCCUUGCCUUCACCUUCUUGGCCUUCAAACUUUAUGCGGUCUUAGACUGGCGUACUUUCAAGAAACUUGGCGCUAGUCGAAUGGUUAGGAUCGCACAUACAGUUUCUUUGAUUUUUGCGGCCAUUCUUCAGCUCAAUGCAUACUUUGUGAUUGUUUUUCUGUCACUAUGGCUUGAAGAGGUAGUCACACACAAAUGGAAAAGUGGCUCGCAAAACCGUUUCAGCACCAAAAAUUUCAAGGCUGCUUUGGGGAUCUUGUUGGCGCUUUCAGUCCCAUGGUUAUUGGUUGGAAAUUUCUCCUUGAAAAACGAGAAUAUGAUAGGAAUAAUUGCAUUCUUAACUUAUGAUGUUGCUUUACUCUCGUUCACCAUCUUCCUUUUGUGUGAAAACUUCUACCAAAGGAUGGCAAACUUUUCGGUAUUCUUGAAUUUCACCGGAAUCAUGGCUUGCAUUCUGAUGUUUGCCAGUUUAAUUAUAGCUGUGGCUUGCCUUUUAGUGUUUGAUCGAGGACUUCUUGUCAAGGUUAAUCGGGAUUCAAAGGCCUCAUCUGAUACCUUUGAAAGGCCUUCAAUAAAUGAUGAUGAAGUAGCCUUCCCAAAUAACAACGUUACACCGUACUAUCAUCAAAGCAACCUGACAAGUCUUUCAGGCGCCAAAGAAUAUGACACCGGUUCAAUUGUUUCACAACCUCAAGCUGUACUUUCAUCUCGACUGGACUAUCUGGACCAUCCCGAAAAGAUAAAUCCAAUUGAGUUUGGUGGAAACCUAUCAGCUAAGUUUCAAGAUUCUGGAAACAAAGAAAGGCAUAGUGAUUUAUCUCCCCGGCCGUCAUGGAUUGCAGGCGAUGAGAAAAUCUGGAUGGCUCCUGAAAACAACAGACCGCGACGUCCGAGUGAUGAUUCACAUUAUUCUUUUAGUAGUGGUGCACUUUCCUAUGCUACUACAACUUCCAGUCAGUCAAGAUCAAGCCUGAAACCAGAAGAUAAAUUGGAAAAGCCCAAGCCCGCCUUGUUAUAAAUUCUUUAUAUAUUUAUGAUGAAUACCUUCCACGUUAUGAGAUGCAUCUAAUAAAUAUCAGAGUUAUUCUUCAUGUUCAUAUCUUCAGAUUUCAAGAGAAUCAAGAUUACAAACCAGCAAAUUUGUGAAAAUUGUAGAUACCAUGACAAAGCUAAUAAGACCUAUUGACUGUUUACAUGUAGAUAACUUGAAAUUUAUAUGCAUUGAAAAUUGGAGCAG